AACACAGUCUUGCGUUUUCGUCUGCUAUUCCUAGGACUUGAAUUCUCAUGUCAACAGUCUCUCUGGUCUAGAGUUCCUAAAAGUUUUUUUACUACAUUUAGGCUACUUCAUAAAUCUAAUUUUUUGCGAGUCUUAAACGCAUAAAUUUUUAACAAGAUGCCCAAAAAGAAGACGGGACAACGGAAAAAGGCCGAAAAACAAAAAUUACGCCAAAAGGAAAUUCGUUCUGGCAGGGAAAUGAAACCGUUAGCUGAUUGGGCAUGCAACUCGAACAUGGAAUGUGACAGAUGUCAACGGAAGCAAAAAUUACGAGCUUUUUGCUACUUUUGCCAGUCACUCCAGCGCCUUCCUAUGUGUGGCCAUUGCGCCAAAGUAAAAUGCAUGUUGAAAACAGGGGAUUGUGUCAUCAAGCACGGAAGUGUUUUUACAACUGGAUUGGCCAUGGUGGGUGCAAUUUGUGAUCACUGUGAGGCUUGGAUCUGCCAUGGGAAAAAGUGCUUAAGUGUACAUGGCUGUUUGUGUCCCCUACAAGAAGCUGUUUGUGCAGAGUGUGACAGGAAUGUAUGGGGUCAUGGAGGAAGGAUCUUUCAAUGCUCGUUUUGCUCAAGCCACCUCUGUGAAGACGACCAGUUUGAGCACCAGGCAUCUUGCCAAAUUUUGGAAGCUGAAACUUAUAAAUGCCAGUCUUGUAAUCGGCAUGGCCAGUAUUCUUGCCUAAAAUGCAAGAUAUGCUAUUGUGAAGAUCACGUAAGGCGCAAAGGCUUCAAGUACGAGCGCGGCCAGCCCGUCCCUUGUCCGAAAUGCGGUUUCGAGACCAACGAAACCAAAGACAUGAGCAUGUCAACUCGUACCCACAAAUAUGGCCGACAGAAACCUGCCGGAGAUUACGGCGACGAAGACGAUGAUGGAGAUGAUUACGGAGAUGCAGAUUAUUCUGGAGGUGCUAGCGGUGGAGCAGGAUCCUAUUCCUACAGUUACGAUGACGACGACGAUGAUGAUGAUGACGAUGACGAAGAAUCAUCUGAUGAAGAGGAUAGCGACGAAUCUGCUGAAGAGGAAGAAGAAGAAGUAAAAAAAGGGGAUGUGGAAAAGCCCUUAGAUGUUAAAACUAAUAACACCUAAUAGAUCAGGACGUACCAUUUAUGAGGUCAAUAAACAAUGGACGCUUGA